UCUACUCCGACUACUGUAUUUCAAGUCAAAAGGAUACUGAACCAUAUGGACGUGAUCAAACAUUAAACGAACUAACCAAGAAUCAUAUUAUUAUCAUUUUCAAUCUAAACAAAUCUGGAAAUCGACUGCCCUUUAAAAAAAAACGUUCACUUUCUUUCAACUGACUAAAAACUUGCAAGCAAUGGCCUCUGUCUGCGUAUUGCUAUUUCUGCUCAUGUUGCCAUUCAGUGAAGAAAGGAACCACGUCGACGCGAGAGACAAGACCAACUGGUUCAAAUACGUCACGAGGGAAGUCUACGAUCCGCCAACGGCCAAGAGAAAAAAAGAAUUUCCUUACGAAUACGAGCCGUUCCAUCCCUGGCCGGGGAACGCCUACAAGGACGAAAAGGCGAGCGCAGGAAUCGCCAACAGAAUCGACAGCUAUCUGGAGAGAGACGAGGAUCACGCGCUGGUGCAACAUAGCAGUGACAGACCACAGCAGCUCUACAGCGCCGAGAUCGAUUACGUCAACAUCUUGGCGGCCCUCUUCGUGAAGCUCGUGGCGUCGACAGUCCUCACGACCUGGUUCUUGGCGGCCGGGACGAUCCUCUACGGCCUGGCGGUUCUCACGGGCACCACGCAGGUCUUCGGGCAGGACUCCGUCAUCGGAUAUAUUUAUAAGACGCUGCCCUUCGUCGAGGCCAUUCUCAGAGGGGAGUCUAGCUUCUCGAGGUGAACCAAGGGAAGGAGAU